UGUCCAAUAGGCAAAUAGACUCAGGACUUUAGGUUGUUGGACCGUUUAAAGUCUCCUCGUCAGCCAUCCACAAUCGUAUCCUCGUCGGCCGAUUCCGCCCCCAGCAGCACCACCACCACCACCAUGGCAAUCAGUAUUGAAGAUCACCAACUCCCAUACAAUACACACAACCUCUAUGAUGUCAACUUCUUCGAUGACAAGAUCCAUACUUUAGUCACUCAUACGCCUUCCUUUGUCAACACAUGGAUAGCCGAAACCCAACAAAAGCUCCACCAAAACAACAACCCUGCUGAUCAUCCCCUUCUAGUUGGCCUAGACAUCGAGUGGAGGCCCAACAGGACGCGUCAAAUCGAAAACCCAGUUGCCACACUCCAACUUUCCACUGGCAAAGACUGCUUGAUCUUUCAACUCCUGCACUGUCCCACUGGUAUCCCACAAUCCCUUUAUGAUUUUUUGAGUAACAAGAAUUAUACUUUUGUUGGGGUUGGUAUUGAGGGUGAUGUGGAGAAGUUAGUGGAGGGUUAUGAUGUGAGUAUGGGGAAUGCUGUGGAUUUAAGGGUUUUGGCUGCUGAGAAAUUGGGGGCUGAGCAGUGGAAGAAUUCUGGGAUAAAAUCGUUGGUGAAGGAGAUUUUGGGGAAGCAGAUUGAGAAGCCAAAAAGGGUUACUAUGAGCAGGUGGGACAAUGAGUGGCUUACUGGUGAUCAAGUUCAAUAUGCUUGUCUUGAUGCCUUUUUGUGUUACAAGAUUGGGGAGAAUUUGUAUGCUGCUUGAGUUAUGUUUCAUGAUGGGAUCUGAGGGUUUUUUUUGGUUCUUUUUAAAGAUUAUGUACUUAACUUGGAUGAUUUUUAAAUUUGAAGUAUUUCAAUGUGUGGUGAAUGUUGUUUCAA